GCAAUUGUACCCCAGUCUCGUCCCCCACUCGAUCUGUAUACAUUAAUGAAGGCAAUAUAGGAGUAUAUACAACGACAUGGUGUGGUGUAUUGGUGUCUGGUGGCAAUCUCAUGUGCCACACAUGUUCCAGUAGCCACAGAAAUUCUGGACGCACUUCUAAGAUUAUUUUUCCGCAGCGCAAUCAGUUUAUAUUUUUUGUAGUUCUGUGGGGAAGUCGAAAGGCGCAAGGAGAGAUUACUUCAGUCUGAUUUGUUUGCUGAGUGAAGCCGGAAGAAUUUUCCAAAUGAAAAUUGCACUUCCAUAAAGCCGGUAUACGAUUGAGAGCCUGAAAACCAAUUAAUAAAAUUAAGAAAAAUGGAAUCUCUUGGGAAUCGCUGGUUAUUGUUGGCUGUUUUCGUCUUGGUUAGUGGACACUACUCAAAUGGAGCCAAGAUCUUGGUACUUUUCCCCCAUUCCAGUGAGGGCCACUUUGCGGUUAUGAGAACUUUGGUGGCGGAAUUAGCCCAAAGGGAUAAUCAGGUUUCCGUCUAUACCGGUCAUGGUUUGGGGGAAUCCCUGGAAAAUGUGAAUGAAACUGUCACGGCUGAGUAUCCUUUUUGGAGCGAACUUCAAAAAGAAGCUGUUCCCAAAGGAAAUCUGGCAGAUCUGGGCCUAAUUUCCAUCGAAAAUCUUCGCCAAGCUCUGGCCACCGUGGGAGCUCGAGCUCUGGAUCACUUUCUUGCCCAGGAACCCAUUCAGAAAUUGCUGAAAAUGUCCUACAUAGAGUUCGAUUAUGAUGUAAUUCUGGUCGAUUACUUUUAUACGGAAGCCCUUUUGGCUCUGGGACUUCUCCACCAGCGACCAGUGGUGGGGAUUGUUUCUACAGACUUUGGAGGCUAUAUGGAUGCUGUGCAAGAGGCACUGGUGCCUGCCGCCUGUGCCCCUGUUGACUUCGAACACGAUGUGCCCCAGCUGGGAUUCACAGAGAGGUUGGGCUAUAUAAGGAGGUGCAUUGCUCGAAGGAAACAGUUCGACAAGGAUCACUAUGGAGCCCAGAAGAAGCUAGUAGCCAAGCACUUUAAGAUUCAGAACAACAUCCCGGAAUUGCAGGCCAAUCAACUCUCGCUCUUGCUGCUUAACAGCCAUGUUCCGCUGAUGACUCCGCGGGUUAGUAUCCCGCAGAUAGUUCCCGCCGGUGGCUUACACAUCCGCGGGCCCAAGGAACUACCUUGGAAUAUAAAACGAUUCCUGGAGGAGGAACGACCAGGCACAAUCUACGUACAACUUGGAAAUGAGCAGCCUUGUGGAAAGCUGCCCAAGAAAAAACUGGAGGCUCUUUUCACAUUCUUUUCUAGCAGAAAGGAGGGCUUCAUCUGGACGUGCCACGAUGUGAAGACUUUGAAGGACUUGCCCAAGAACGUAAUGAUCCAGCAUGCAGUUCCCCAGAUCGAUAUCCUGGCUUAUCCCUCAAUGAAAGCUUUUCUAACAAACGGGGAUCUGCUGAAUCUGCAGGAAGGAAUCAUAAGGAAUGUGCCCAUUCUGGGCUUGCCCCUCUUCCAACAUGAAAAGAAGAAUUUGGAGCUGGCAGUUCGCUUGGGCGUGGGCAUACAGCUGGACGAGAAUAACGUGACGAGUACCUCUCUGAACUGGGCGGUGGAUCGAUUGCUAAAGGAAUCUCACUUUCAGCUCAAUAUCCGUGAGGUGUCCCAGGAGUACAGGGAUCGGCCCCUUGGAGCACUAGCUAGUGCCCUGUUCUGGGUUAACUAUGUGGUGCGUCACAAGGGCGGAGCUGCGGUAAGAACCCGUGGCAUUGGAAUCUCUUCCAGCGAACUUCAUUUGUUCGAUUUGGUGGUCUUCUAUGGCAUCGUGGCUACCAUUGUGGUUGGUUUCUUAACGGCCCUGACUAUUGGGGGCAUUUAUUUAUGGCAGAAGAAGAACAAUGCCAUACUGACCAAACAAAAAUAAGUGUUAAAUAUAAAAAUAAACUGCCACCAAAGCAUUUUUAAA